AUGAGUCGACGUUUACGUUUUACAGGCCUCAGCUGGGGCUUAGAGUGGCUUACGCUUCUGGCUUUUCCUGUUCAUUGGUGUUGCCUAGGAGUGAAUAAUCCCCAGUUCCAGGCAAAGUUCGACAGCACGAACCGAGCACUCGCCGAAGUCAAGAAAACAAUUAACACAUACACACACACCCGCAUACUCCAGACGGACAGUGAUAGAUGGCUCAACGUGAGAUACAGAACAUUCCUCCGGCAGCCCAUAUCAUCGCAAAAGAACAAAAUCGCCAAGUUCAACAUGCUCGUGCAUGCCGCAGAUAUUGCAACAGACGCCUGGAUGUUCCAAGAGAAGAAGAAGCUCGAAGAGUUUCAACUGUUCAUACCUCUUUACUCUUGUCCUGUCUCUAUUGUCCACCGUCUCAAAACGACAACAUAA